AUGGUACGCUCAGUUUCUGGAACAGGUAUAAGUGCUAGUGCCAUAGAUCCUGGAAGAUUUAUUUUUCAGUUUUCUCCUGUUGCACCACCAGAACCGUAUUGGAUAUUAGAUACAGAUUACGAAAGCUUUUCCUUGGUAUAUUCAUGCAGACAAGAAGGCUUUCAAAAGAUAGAAAGUGCUUUUAUUUUAACAAGAGCAAGGGCAGGUUUACCAGCUGCUAUCAGAAUACAAUUGUAUAGUAAGUUAUUGGCCUCAGGUAUCAAUGUAUUUGAUUUAUUACCAACCGACCAGACUAGUUGUCCAGCGCCGUCACCUUUCCUUCCGCCACCUCUUGCUAUACCUGGCGUGCAGAUCAUACCACCAGUGCCUGAGAUAUUUGUUUAA